AGAGCGUUAAAACAUGGACCUCGCAGAAGAGCUGGGGCAGUUGGACCUGCUGACCACCGAUGGACCAUUCACCAUGAAGGAGAUAACACAGAUCAUCUCUGACCUAAAGAAGGACAACUUCAACCUCAGACUCCGCAUCUUCUUCUACGAGGAGCGGCUGCAGCAGAGGUGUGAUGACUCUGCUGAGGAAAUGUACAAAACAAACAUUGACCUGAAGGUAGAGGUUGAAACACUGAAAGAGGAAUUUGAAGGAGCUGCAGAGGGUCUCUGCCCUUGCACUGUAAGUUUAGCCGAGAACCUUUCAUUUUGA